AUGUUGGAAAUAAGACACGUCUCUCUGUCUGUCUAUCUCAGUCUGCUUCUUUCUUUCUUUCUUUCUUUCUUUCUUUCUAUCUAUCUAUCUAUCUAUCUAUCUAUCUCAGUCUGCUUCUAUCUAUCUAUCUAUCUAUCUAUCUAUCUCAGUCUGCUUCUAUCUAUCUAUCUAUCUAUCUAUCUAUCUAUCUAUCUAUCUAUCUAUCUAUCUCAAUGCAAAUCCAGGCUCCCCCUCACUCUUACUCCCCCCUCUCUUACUUUCCUCUCUUACUCCCCUCUCUUACUCCCCUCUUACUUUCCCCUCUUACUUUCCCUCUCUUAUUUUCCCUCUCUUACUUUCCCUCUCUUACUCCCCUCUUUUACUCCCCCUCUCUUCCUUUCCCUCUCUUACUCUCCCUCUCUUACCCCCUCUCUUACUCCCUCUCUUACUUCCCCCUCUUACUCUCCCUCUCUUACUCCCCCUCUUUACUUUCCCUCUCUUUUUCUUUCCCUCUCUUACUCCCCCCCUUUUUCUCCCCCCCCCCUCUCUACUUUCCCUCUCUUACUCUCCCUCUCUUACUUCCCUCUCUUACUCCCCCUCUCUUACCCCCCCCCCGCUGGGCGCCUAAUAUGUCGGCUUAGGUCCCUGUUGGGCGAUGUGAAAUCGAGGCACAUGGCAUUUUAUGAUUAG